AUGCUGCGGUGGCCGUCGGCCUACCUGUGCCACAUCAUCAACCGCGAGCGCCACCACGUGUAUGGCAUGCACGUGGCCCGCCAGGUCGUGGCGUCUCAGAUGGACCUACGCACCCUACUGGGAGAGUCCCGCGAAAGCAACAAGUCAGCUGAGGAGCUGGGAGGGUUUAAGGGAGAAGGGGGGCUUUUGAAAGAUAGCCAGGUUGUGGCAUCCCACAUGGACCAGAAAAGGCUAUUGGGAGAGUCCCGGGAGAGCAAUAAGUCCGCUGGGGAGCUGGGAGGGUUUAAGGGAAGAGGAGGGCUUUUGAAAGAGCAAAAGCUGCUAGCGAUCCAUAUGGAGCAGAGAAGCGUGCUGGAAGAGACCUGGGGAAGCAGCAAACUCAAAGGGAAGAUGGGAGGGUUUGGGGGAAGUGGCACGUCCUCUGAAGAGCGGCAGCUGCUUGCAGUCCGUAUGGACCAGAGAAGCACGCUGGAAGAGACCUGGGGAAGCAUGUUUGAGGAGAAGGUCCCUUUGUUGCCUCGGAAACUCGUUAAGCGUUUCGACGGGUCAGAAGGAGGUUGGGAGGAGGAGGAGGAGGAGGAGGAGGAGGAGGAGGAGGAGGAGGAGGAGGAGGAGGAGGAGGAGGAGGAGGAGGAGGAGGAGGAGGAUGAUGAUGGAGGGCGCUGGCUGUUUUCCUUCUAUGCCCUCGUGUUCAUGGCCAAUCACGUGCGGCGAGGAUUUCCUGCCGUGCGAUAUGCAUGGGUCAGCAACGAGAUGCAGGUAAGGGAGGGAGAGGGUUGCCCUGCCCACAGCACGAAAAUGCAUAAUGUUGGGGAUAAGCAUUCCCAGGUGUACGAUACGCAUGGCUUAGCACCAAGAUGCAGCCCAAGUGACACGCUUCAUGCUGUCCCACCCUUCUCCCUCUGCCCUUUCUUCACAACCUCUCUCCCUUCUCUCCUUCUCUCUCCCUUCUCUUCCCCCACCAGGCGCGCUGGCGCACUGGUGGCGAGCCCAGGCAACGCACUUCAUACUUCAUUCGCCUCUGUUCAGCUCUCCUUCUGUGCGCGUCUGCUAAUCCCCCCCGCCCCACCCUUCCCCCACCAGGCGCACUGGUGGAGGGCCCAAGCAACGCGCUUCAUGUUGCGGUGGUCGUCGGCCUACCUGUGCCACAUCAUCAACUGCGAGCGCCACCACGUGUAUGGCAUGCACGUGGCCUGCCAGGUCGUGGCGUCUCAGAUGGACCUACGCACCCUACUGGGAGAGUCCUGCGAAAGCAACAAGUCAGCUGAGGAGCUGGGAGGGUUUAAGGGAGAAGGGGGGCUUUUGAAAGAUAGCCAGGUCGUGGCAUCCCACGUGGACCAGAAAAGGCUACUGGGAGAGUCCCGCGAGAGCAAUAAGUCCGCUGGGGAGCUGGGAGGGUUUAAGGGAAGAGGAGGGCUUUUGAAAGAGCAAAAGCUGCUAGCGAUCCGUAUGGAGCAGAGAAGCGUGCUGGAAGAGACCUGGGGAAGCAGCAAACUCAACGGGAAGAUGGGAGGGUUUGGGGGAAGUGGCACGUCCUCUGAAGAGCGGCAGCUGCUUGCGGACCGUAUGGACCAGAGAAGCACGCUGGAAGAGACCUGGGGAAGCACGUUUGAGGAGAAGGUCCCUUUAUUGGAUCCGUUUCUUGUGAACUACGAGGGGGUGGGAGGGGAGCCGUACGUCCCGCGGCCGAUAGUGAGCGUGCAUGUGCGGCAAGGCGACAAGGGGAUUGAGAUGCAGCUCUUCUCCUUCUAUGCAUAUAUGUUCAUGGCCAAUCAUAUCCGGCGGGGAUUCCCCGGUGUGCGAUAUGUGUGGCUCAGCACUGAGAUGCAGGUGAGGAGGGGGGAGAGGGGGGUGCAGGGGAGAGGGUGGGGAGCAUGCAGCCCAAGUGACACGCUUCAUGCUGUCCCACCCUUCUCCCUCUGCCCUUUCUUCACAACCUCUCUCCCUUCUCUCCUUCUCUCUCCCUUCUCUUCCCCCACCAGGCGCGCUGGUGGCGAGCCCAAGCAACGCACUUCAUGCUUCUCCACAACCUCUCUCCCUUCCCCCUCCCGCCUCCCUUUCCCACCAGGCGCACUGGUGGCGAGCCCAGGCAACGCACUUCAUACUUCAUUCGCCUCUGUUCAGCCCUCCUUCUGUGCGCGUCUGCUAAUCCCCCCCGCCCCACCCUUCCCCCACCAGGCGCACUGGUGGAGGGCCCAAGCAACGCGCUUCGUGCUGCGGUGGCCGUCGGCCUACCUCUGCCACAUCAUCAACCGCGAGCUCCACCACGUGUAUGGCAUGCACGUGGCCCGCCAGGUCGUGGCGUCCCAAGCAGAACAACGCACCCUGCUGGCAGAGUUUGGGACGAGUGGGAGGGGUCCUGAGGACCAAAGAAGCCUGGCUGCAGAGUUUGGGAGGAGUGGGAGGGGUCCUGAGGGGGGGAAGAGGGAAGUUGGCAAGAGGAGCACCGCCGCCGAACCUACAGAGGGUCGGCCGGAGCUCGGGAGGGAUGGUAGGGUUUCUGAUGAGCAGCAGGGGGGUGCGGAAUGGGGUGGAGAGGAGGUUGCGCGGAGGAGGUUGAAGGAGAGUGAGGUUGAGCAAGGGAAGGAGGUUGGGAGAUGGUGGGAGUUUGAACAGCAAGGUCAGCCGGAACUUGAGCCUUCCUCCUCCUCCUCUUCUCCUAAAGCCUCCUCCUCCUCCUCCUCCUCCUCCUCUUCCUCUUCCCCCUCCUCUUCCUCCUACUCCUCCUCCCCCUCCUCCUCUUCCCCCUCCUCCUCCUCCUCCUCCUCCUCCUCCUCCUCCUCCUCCUCCUCCUCCUCCCCCUCCUCCUCCUCUUCCUCCUACUCUAGUUCUGAGACUCCCCAACCCCUUGGUGCUGCUACUUCGUCUUCUCCUGCUGCUGCUGAUUCUUCGGCUCCUGAGGCAGAGAGGCGGACAGGCCCUGGCUUGGAAACGUGUGCAUGGCCGAAGAUUGGUUACCAGGGCUGCAGCUUAGGUGAUGGCACAGCUGCUGCUGCUGCUGCUGAUUUCAGUAGCAGCAGCAGCAGAAGUGGAGGGUUAGGAGAUUCGGAAGGGGAGCAGUGCGGGUGGGAUCCGUAUCUUGCGAACUACGAGGGGGUGGGAGGGGAGCCGUACGUUCCGCGUCCGAUAGUGAGUGUGCAUGUGCGGCAGGGCGACAAGGCACAUGAGAUGCGGCUCUUCUCCUUCUAUGCAUUCAUGUUCAUGGCCAACCGAAUCAGGCGGGAGAAUCCCAGUGUGCGAUACGUGUGGCUCAGCACUGAGAUGCAGGGAGGUAAGGGACACAGGACAGUGGCUAAUUCCCUAGUGCCAUGCCUUUUGAUCUCCCCUCUCAGUACCACUCAUCCCUCAAUUCCCCUCUGCACUUUGCUCAAUUCUCCCCGAUCUCCCCUCGUCUCCACCCAGCUGCCAGCUCAUCUCCCCUAA